AUGGACAUUCAAGAUGGAGUGUAUUUCCCACAUAUCCACCACCAUAUCAUGAUGCCUUGGAAUAAUCUGAAGAAAGGUGAUUGUUGUGGACGCUUGGAAGCUAUCAGUGAUGGCUACUAUUGCAAAAGCUGUGAUUUCUUCGUCCACAAGAAAUGCGGCGAGUCCCCUCGAUCUAUCGAACAUCCAUGCCACUCCAUUCAUCCUCUUAUGCUUCAAAGCAAACCACAUAAUAUAUGUGAUUUAUGUGAAAGGAGUAUUGAGAAUCUAUGCUACCACUGUGAGAUCUGUGACUUCGACGUGGAUAUAUACUGUGUUAGGUACCCACCACCAUUAGUUGUUGAAUUUUCUGGGAUGCAUGACCACAAGCCCACCCUUCUCAAGGAGCGGACCAAGUUUUACUGUGCUGCAACAUGUGGGAAGACUGGUCAUGAUAGUUUCGCUUACAAGUGUCAUGAAUGUGAUUUAGCCUUCCAUGUGGCUUGCGUAUGGGACUCAUCCGAGUUGAAACUCCCAUUAGAGGUAAACCACUCUCACCACCCCUUGCACCCUCUUAAGCUUCUCACGGGUCGAUCACCGGAGUAUUCUGAUGAAAAGUGUCGUCUUUGCGAUAUUAAGAUUGAUGAUGAUUCUUUUUAUCACUGUUCGUCGUGUAACUUCACUUUGGAUAUACGUUGUGUCUUUCAUCCACUACCACAAUCUGUUCUGGAGGUGAAAGCGCAUGAUCACCAACUCACCCUUCUCCCAAGACUCGAUUCUUUUACAUGUAACGCUUGCGGACUCAAGGGAGAUCGAAGCCCUUACAUAUGUGUUCAAUGCAAUUUCAUGAUCCACCAACAUUGUCUUGCCCUUCCACGCAUCAUAAACAUCAAUAGGCAUGAUCACCGUGUUUCUCGCACUUCUGUUGUUGGUGUUGUGAACUCUACAUGUGGAAUUUGUCGCCAUAAAGUGGAUUGGAUUUGGGGAGGUUAUGUUUGUCAGCGGUGUCCUUGUUAUGUUGUUCAUUCGAAAUGUGCUACUAGAAGAGAUGUGUGGAACGGGAAAGAACUCGAAGGAGUACCUGAGGAGAUAGAAGACAUAGAGCCAUAUGUGGUAAUAGAUGACAAUACAAUACAACAUUUUAGCCACAAAGAGCAUUACCUUAGACUCCACGUUAAUGGUCUUCUCUGCGAGGAAAACAAGCGGUGCAGUGCUUGCACCCAUCCCAUUUGUCUUCAAUCCUUUUAUUAUGGUUGUAUCGACUGUUGUUUCCUUCUCCACCAGAAGUGUGCUGAACUUCCUAGAAGGAAAUGGCAUGUGCUACACAAUGAACGACUUACUUUAAUAACAAGCACGACCAAUUUCUUUGGCUGUCGAGCUUGUAAUAAACCAUCCAAUGGUUUCAAAUAUCAGUAUGGGGAGAAGACGUUAGAUGCUUUGUGCGGUUCAAUUUCUGAGCCAUUUUUCCAUCCAAGUCAUCCCGAUCAUCCUUUAUAUCACACUGGAGCAAAAGGAAGGAUACAAUGCAAUGCUUGCAACAAGUUGACAUAUCCUGCGCUCUCUUGCAUUGAAAAGGGUUGUGGAUUUUCAUUGGGCUUCGACUGCGCCACUUUACCACAAGUUGUAAAGCAUAGAGUUGACAGUCAUCUUCUCUCACUUUGCUAUGGCGACAAGGUAAGUGGGAAAUGUUGGUGUGACAUUUGUGAGAAAGAAACCGAUCCAAAUAUAUGGUUUUACACUUGUAGAGAUCAGCAAGCUAGUUUGCAUAUAAAGUGUGUGAUAGGAGACUUGUCAGGGCUCAUGCCAAGAAGCACAAUAGCGGUUUCUGGCAUACCAAAUGAGGUUAUCGUCAAUGAUAGUAUGUCUCGCCCAUUUUGCAUGAAUUGUAAGUCGCGUUGCAUGUACCCUCUCAUCUUGAAGAGGCUUGGAACACCAGAUGCAUAUGCACAUCAUUGCUCCUUUCAUUGCAUGGUUGCUACCGUACUUGUAAUUUUACGAGACUUAGGUCUAGAUCAAGAUGUCUCUCGAUUGGAGUAA